AUGAACAUCUCGACCGUCAACCCCCCUCCCCAAGCGCAAGCACUGCUCUCAAGCGCGCGAAAAGUCUCAACCUACGAAACAACAGGCGGUCUUAUCACCGCUCAGUUCGCAGAGCACAACCUCUCUCUCAUCCCUCCCAUCCCCAAAGGCUCCGUAGUCCAUGACAACGCGUGCGGCUCCGGCACCGUCUCGCGAGCCAUCCUCUCGUCGCCUGCAAGGCCGCAGGAUAUAAGAAUCCACGCAACCGACAUCGACCCUCCUUUCCUCUCUGCACUGACCUACGCCGCAAAAUCAAACUCCUGGCCUAUUGAAGUCACGAACCAGAAGUCCGAAGAACUGGCGUUCAUAGACAACACGUUGACGCACUCCAUUACAAACAUUGCCAUCUUCUUCACGUCGGCGGCCGGCGUCGACGGCGCAAGGGAAAUCUACCGCACACUGAAGCCAGGCGGUGUCGCGGUGGUGAAUUGCUGGGCUCAUGUGACGUGGCUUAUGCCCGUGAGAACGGUGCACGAGUUUAUUCGACCGGGAAAACCCUUUCCCACACCUGUCGUCGCUUGGCACGACGGACGGCAUAUCCAGCUGGUCAUGAAAGAGGCAGGUUUCGAGGAGGAUAAGAUCACAAUCGAGAAGAGUGACGCAUGGGCAGUAGUGAAGCGGGGUGGACUCCGAGACUGGGCGGAGAAGAGUUGGGCCUAUUUGGGGGGUAUUGCGGGGUGGUUCGAGGGCGAUGGUGAGACGUGGGAUCAGGCUGUGGACAAGUUGGUGGAGUUGCUGUUAGUGCAACCUGGGACGAUAGUAGAGGUGGAUGACGUGAGGAUGAAAGCUAGUCAGUGGGUUGUCGUUGCAGAGAAGUGA